AUGGACCACACAAGAGCCACCAUGAUCCAGCUCACUAUACUGGUUUUUCUCCUAGGAGACUCCCUGUUGGUCCCUAUCGCGGCUCUGGAUCUGCAUCACCUGAAGAAAGGAGGAUGUCCGCCCAUUACAAAGUUCCCCUCAUCGGUGAAAGUCAAUCUGAACAUUAUUGGACAGGAAGCUCCGGCUAUGAGUGGCGAUGUGAGGAAACGCUCCAUCUCUCCAUGGGAGUACAGCUAUGAUGUAAACAACAAUCGAUUCCCCUCUACCAUUGCCGAGGCUCGGUGUCUCCAUACCGGGUGUUUGGAUACAGAGGGGAACGUGGACAUCAGCCUGAACUCAGUCCCCAUCAAACAGGAGAUCCUGGUUGUCUACAAGGAGAUGAAAGGCUGUGUCCCCACCUUCAAGUUGGAGAAGAAAAUGGUCACUGUUGGCUGUACCUGUGCCCGGCCCAAGGUCUAUGAGCAAUAA